UUGAAAUCACCCUGCGCAACGGCAUGCUGUAGCGACGAAUGCUGAUCCUGCAUCUCGCAACCCUCAUUGCGACGUUGCUCGAGCUAGCUAUGCGGAUUUCAUGAGGGGCGGUGGAGGUACAACGGAUGUGUACGGGCAUCAACAGCCACAGGCCGGUCCAUCCACGCAUGAUGAUGCGCUUUUCCCUUCAGAAACCCAUCACCAUCAAGGUGCUAGGCUGUCAAGACCUGCCAUCCUCUACACAACGCACGAGUCCGCGCACAAGCCUUUGGUUCCGGCCUUCUCCCUGGUGGACAAAGACGUGCCCUCCUCUCACUCGUCGCCGACCAGAUGCGGAGCAAGCGCUGAUGAAGAGGGACAUGGAGCAGCGCAAAGCUCGAGUCCAAAAAGGAUUGAUUCGACGCAUGCACCACCCGCCAGUCAGAUACAUCCCUGGGCUGCGCCAUUCUCUUUGAGGGUGAAGGAGGAAGCAGAAGAGCCGGAGAACAACGACGUACCGAGUGCUGCUGUAAUUCAGCAAUCACACGAGCAAGAUGUGUAUCCUUGCUUGGCGCAAGAGACAUCGUACGGCGCAGCACCUGACGAAGUACCCGUUCAUCCAGCUAUCCAUUCGUUUUGUUCGAAAAGGCCAGCUUCUGCAUCGUGGCCGGAGUGGAAGUUGAAUUACGCUCAAAUAAGGCCAAGCAGGGCAACUUCCGACGGCCCUACUCUGAAAGAUCUCACGGCAUUUGUCGUUGACCACGACAAUCCAUCGAUGGGUCAAGGCUUUGACAGAGCACCAAAGCCUACUCCGCAAGCCCCGAAGGCGCUCGCUAAAGCUCAACUGUAUGCGCAAGAGACCGGCACGAGGUUGGACUUGAGAGCAUUAUGGGCCCAUAGAAUACGAGUGGAGGCCAAACGUCGCAGUCUGGGCAGUCGUCACGUACCUACGCAAGAUGGAUCGAUGACGAGCAGGGUAUACUUGAGGCGCAAUGUCAGAUGGGCAAAGGAGAAGCGGUAGUGGUGGUUGAGAUUGAAAUGUUAAAAUGGACAUUCACUCGGUGCUGCGCUUUUCAAACACAGCGACGCGAGCUCAAGAGGCCUCUUUCUUCGCGAAGCAAUCAACGCCAGUCGCGCCUCGACAAACAGCGUUGCAUCUGACCGUAAUGCGUGGUGAACGCGACUGUUGACUCGGAUUCAGAUUGCGUAGCUGUAGGCGGAGGGGAUGCUCACAA